CAUAUAUGCAUAGUUUCUGUAAUGUGUGUCUACACAGAGAUAUAUGUAUGCAUACUUUUCAUGUUUGUAAUGUGUGUGUUUACACAGAGAUAUAUGUAUGCAUACUUUUCAUGUUUGUAAUGUGUGUGUUUACACCUUGGUAAUGAACACAUUGAACCAAAUAAAGUUUUAGAAUUCUAUUACUGAAGUUUCUACUCUACGCUCGUACCACAGGCAAAAAACGGAUGUCGUGAUAAGAAAAAUAUGAUUUUUAGCUGUGGCAUAGCAACUCAAGUACAAACUUUUAGCUCGUCGCUCCCUCUCUUGACCGAUUUGAGAUCUAACUACAGCGACGGCUAUUGAGGAUUGUUCAUUUUGAAACCUUUAGUUCCAGCUGCUGAAGCAAACUGGAAGACAUUUACUCAAGUCAAAGCUGAAAUGUCGAGCUUGGAAAACAAACCAGAUUACUACACAACUAAAGCUGAAGAUCUGCAGGGAGAACUCCGUGUAUACCGAUGUCACGAUGUGGUACUAGACACUAUAAAUGGUUUAUACAGAUGUAGAAGAUGCAAGUAUGAAUAUCCAAACUAUAAACUGGGACUACUACUGAGGUGUAAUAUUGCAGACUUUUCAGAAUGCCAGUUGGUGACUUGUUUCGGAGAAGCUACUGAAACUAUUCUUGAUAAAACUGCUGAAGAAGUAAGGUGCCUCAGAAAAAUGGUAAUAUCACAUUUUGAUUAAAUCUUUUUAUAAGUCUUUCAAAAUAUGAUUACUUAU